AUUAUAAAAUAUUAAUAUAUAUCGCGUUAUAUACAAUAUCGCAAAUUAGGGAUCUUAGAUCUAGCCCGAUCGGUACUUUUGCUAUUAGACCCUUGCUGCGCAAGGGGUUUAUAAAUAAACCGGUGGCUCGUGCGCUCUAAGCAAGGGUCUAAUAGGAGAUAGCCUGCCCCCUCCUUCCGAUCCAUUCAAGUUCUCGUGCUACCUUUCGACCUUCGCCGACUCCGCAAUUAUUUCGAAAUAUUAGAGUUUGAACAGCCAUGUUUCUCAACCCCAAGGAGCGGAUCGUGUCUGAUGAUGCUGAGAUUCUGGAUUUCGCCAAUAAUGAUGCUUCUUUCCGCUUGUUGGCAGCGAUGGCUCUUGCUUUCAACUGGGCCACUGCAAUUGGAUCGAGGGAUGUUGAUGCAGUCGAGGUUUUUGAGGCUGCCUUUCUGCCCAGAACGAAGGGUAGAUUGAAGGACCUUGUUGGUAGACAUCAUGGCGGGAUUCGGCUCGAGAUCAAUUGGUGCAGAUGGUAUUGGCGUGUAGACUCCAGCUGA